AUGGGGGCGGCGAAGGGGGUGGCGUCGGCGGCGGGAACGGCGGCGCUGGUCUACCUCGUGCUCUCUGGGCGGCUCUCCUCGUCGUCCGUCGACGGCGCGUUGUCCGAGGCGGAGGUGGUGAGGCGGCGGCGGCGGCGGGAGGAGGAGAAGGAGGCCAAGAACCGGGGGGAGAGGUGGCCGGAGAGGGCGCCGGCGAGCUGGAGGGAGGCGGUGGCGGUGGCGGCGAGGACGGCGGGGUUUGCGUACGCGGAGACGCUGGGCAAGUGGCCGCUUGGGGACAUCGCCUUCGGGAUCAACCACUACAUGCGCAUCCAGGGCAAUCUGCAGCAUGAGUUCACUGGUAGCAAUUGUGUGCCCCUGGACGGUCCUGGAGUAAGGCAGGAGCUGAUUGGACUUCUCAGAUACCUGAGGCUCUGCAUCUUCUUCUCAAAGAAACCAUAUGAAGUGUUUCUAGAGUUUGGUGGGUAUGGCCAGAAUGAUAUUCUCAUAAGGAAGUCUAAGGCAAGGCUUAUGAAGCCUGCAUUCACUGUUGUCCGCGAUGAAAGCACCAAAUGCUUCCUCCUUUUCAUUCGGGGUGCGACCAGCGCUAAGGAUCGGCUGACAGCAGCAACUGCUGCAGAGGUUCCAUUCCAUCAUUCCGUGUUACAAGAAGGCCGUAAAUCCAACUUGGUGGUUGGACAUGCGCAUUGUGGAAUGGCUGCAGCGGCUCGUUGGAUUGCAGAUCAGGCCAUUCCCUGCCUCAGCAGAGCAGUCGAGCAAUUCCCAGAUUACAGAGUUAAGAUCAUUGGGCAUUCAAUGGGAGCUGGUAUUGCGGCGAUCUUAACAUACAUGCUACGUGAGAACAAUAAGUUAUCAUCAUCCUCAUGUAUUGCCUUUGGACCAGCUGCUUGCAUGACCUGGGACUUGGCUGAGUCGGGCAAAGAAUUUGUUACCACUGUUGUCAACAAAAAUGACCUGGUGCCAUCUUUUGGCAAAGCUUCAGCCGCCAACCUUCGCACAGAGGUUAUGGCAUCAUCAUGGGCUCCAGAUCUCCGGGAACAAAUUCAGAGGACAAGAAUCUUAGGGUUUGUAAAUCGCUCCGUGAGUUUCAUGCGAUCUCACAUUCCUUUUAUAUCCGGUCCAGGUUCCAAGGUUGCAGACAUCAAUAUGCUUCUGUCUCACACUUCUAUGGAUGAGCCAAAGCUUUCAGCGGACGCGCGUGCCGCUGUGAAGCAACACUCUGCACCGUCUGGCCGGUCAUGUGUUGCUGCAAACAGGCAAACUCUGGAGUCUUUGGUGAACCCCAAUCAGGGCAUUGCAGCACUGAUGUCAACCUAUGCUGGAACUGAUCAAAACACUGACAAGCCAACGUCAGGAGAACCAGCCUCAUGCUCUCCUAAGCAGUUUGACCAUCACAGAUCAGAUAGUGAGGAAACUGACCAGGAGGAGAAAGCAACGGAUCACGAACACAUGGAGCAGCUUCUGAAAGCCUUGCGAUCGUCGUCGGCCACCUCUCGCCAGCUAUACCCUCCCGGAAGAAUCAUGCACAUGGUUGUGUUGCCAGCAGAGGAAGAGCCGAGCACCGGUGAGCAACGCCACCAGGAUGAGGCAGUUGCCAUCUAUGAGACCCCUCGCAGCAUGUACGGUAGGAUCCGGCUGGCAAGGUCCAUGAUCAGAGACCAUUACAUGCCACGGUACAUCGAGACAAUGGAGAUGGUGAUCGAGAAGCUUGGAGAGGAUGACGACGAUGACACCGAUGAUCGGUUGGGCUAACUGAACCAAAAAAAGAAGAGGAAAAUAUUGAUAGGCAGCAUCCGUAUUGUACAUGUCACGGGAUAUGGUUUAUGACUUCAUGGCUUCAGACUAGAACCAAAAUUAGUUGCAUAGGAUAGUGGCAGCCAUCACAGGA